AUGGAUUUUAACGGUCCAGUUAUAGAGGAUAUGAACGAUCAGAAUCUCGCGAAUCAUAUUCGCGUCAAGAGAAAUGAACCGAUUGUUCAUCGCAGACCAAGUUCCGUGAAUUUGCUUCCACGAAAUUUCCAGCGCAGGACUGAUGAGACAAGCAUAUUUAGUGACGCGACAUUAAAAGCAUCACGUUCGGAGUAUGAGAACCAAUCUAAUACCAUUGUGGAUACCAUGGUACCGCAAUCACACAAACGACAUAAACGAGGAAUCUUGUCGGAAAAUGGUCAUCGUAGGAAACGCGUGAAGGGAAAUAUUGGACAUUCUAAACAUAACGUUGAGACGAAAAAUAAAAAUAAGAAGCACAAAGCACAAAGUGCUUUGAAGUCUCCCAAUCAGUUUGUCACGAAAAAAACGAAAAAUCCAAACUUGAAAAAAAGAAAUAAAAAUACUCAAAAAAUCAGAAUGCGUGCUAAAGCAAUCGACAAGUUGCGGAAAAUAGAAAAAAGAGAAUCCGAAAAUAGCGAUUUCAACAAUAAUAUUGACAGUGCGAACGAACAAACGGAAGCUUUAAUUAAUCGGAAAGAAGAUGCGUCAUUAAUAAAUAGAAGUUUGACAAAAGAACAGCGACAAAAAAACGCCGUAAUGUUACCUUUUGUGCACAUUGGAAAAGCGGAAUUGCAUGUUCGUAUCGAAAAAAUUCCUACGAACAAAUCAUCGUUUAUCAGUCCUAAUAAUUGGACGGAUUCAUUCGGGACUAGUCCUUGCUCGAUUAUGUUACCGAAAUAUAAUACAAGCGAUGAAAUUUUCAAUGUUAACCCAAAUGUUGCUCCGAAUUUUGAUUCCGCUGAAAAAAAGAAAGCUAAUAACGUUCUAGUAAAGAUUACUUUGAAGAAGCAAGAUCCCAGAAACGUGUCUGGUCAGGCAACAAGCGAUUCUGAAAAUACAUCGUUCUAUAAUGCGGAAGUCGAAAUGGAAGCUCAUCCGAUUGAAUCCAACAUGUCGAGAAUCGAAAAUCGAAAUACAAAAAAAGAAAAGUAUGAUCAUAUGAACGAGAUGUCUGUAGAAUUAUCGGAGGACUCAAAGUUGCGAGCGAAGAGAAACCAACAAGUUAUGUCUAAGUAUUUACAAAACGAUAAGAACUCAAAGGAAGCGACACGUUUCAAAUACACCGAAGAAGGAAUCGGAGACACGAAAAAUGAGAAGACAAGGUACAGAAGGACUCAAGGUAAUCGUGCUGUAAGAUCGAUCGAAGAAAUUAAGGAGCUUGCUGAAAAGUUAAUCGCCAAGAUAAACGAAUUGCAAGUAUAUGUGAGCAAUCGUAGUGAAAUUCUAUAUAAUUCUAUAAAAGAAAGGGAUUCUUGUAAAAAUCGCACAAUCAAGGAGGAACCGAAGAUGAACGUGAAGAAGAAAGACAUUUCAAGUUCUACAUCCAAGAUUGCUGAGAACACUGAUAAUCGCCAGCGCUUUGCAAAGGAAGCAAUUUUGGCAGGUAAAAGAACAUCCCAAAUGCGUUCUAACGGUUCGAGAUUCGCGCGAGGAGAAUAUCGAACGAGGAGGAAAUCGCGUCGCAAGUGGGGCAGGUGGAUGGACUGGAGCAGCUGUAGCGUCACCUGCGGCAAGGGUCGACAGAUCAGGUGGCGGCAUUGCCUGCACGACUGUAAUGAUGCGGAAACUGAGAUGGAAGAGAAAGCAUGCCAAUUGCCGGCUUGUCCCCCGAGUAAGUUCCUCGGAAUAUUUUGA